AUGUCCCGUGCCAAACCCGUCACCCACGAAAUCCCUCCGAUGAAAGACCUGACCACAGAGAACAUCACCGAGAACGUAAACCUAAUCAACUCACAAUGCGCCGACCCUCGGCUCCGCUUUCUCAUGGAGCGAUUGGUCGUUCAUCUGCACGCCUUUGCGCGCGAGACCCGAUUGUCCAGCAGAGAAUGGGCAGCCGGACUCGACUUUCUCGUAGCAAUCGGACAAAUCAGCAACGACCUACGCGGGGAGAUGAUUUUAUUAUCUGAUACAUUGGGGUUGAGUAUGUUGGUUGAUUCAAUCGAUCAUCCACGGUCAGCGAACUUCACAGAGGGGACUGUACUGGGACCGUUCCAUACACACGACGCGCCGGUGACUGAGAACGGGUAUGUGCUUCACAGCGACCCGGAUGCGACGAGAUUGUUUGUAUUGUGUACGGUCAAAGAUGCAAAAGGGAAUGCCGUAGGGGAUGUGCAGUGUGAUGUAUGGGAGGGGGACAGCAAAGGAUUUUAUGAUAUACAAAACCCGAAUCGAGCGGAGCCUGAUGGACGCGCGGUGCUACGGUCGAGCAAGGAUGGUGUAUUCUAUUUCAAUGCGGUUGUGCCCGUACCAUAUCCCAUCCCGGACGAUGGACCUGUCGGUAAGAUGUUGAAGGCGCUCAAUCGUCAUCCGAAUCGACCAGGGCAUGUGCAUUUCAUGUUCCAGAAGGAGGGCUACGAUACUCUCAUCACAGCGUUGUAUCCUCGAGGAGAUCCUUAUGAGACGUCAGACCCGGUCUUUGGUGUGAAGCAAUCCUUGAUCGUGGACCUUGAAGAAGUGGAUGAAGCAAUCUCGAAACAGUAUGAUGUGGCUGUUGGGACGAAGUUGCUACGGUAUGACUUUAUUCUUGCGACGGAAGAGGAGGCCAUGGAGAUGCGGAUAGCCAAGGCGACCGAAGCUAUUGAUGGGCUAGGUGUGAAGGCAAAGAUUGUCAAUGGGCUGCCCAUUCCCGAGUUAGAUUGA